AAAAUAAAAAAAAGUCCUCCUCUUCUUGCUGUAGUGAACUAGUGAGUACUGAGUAGCAUAGGCCAUAGAGUAUAGUAAUAUAGGCUGAGUAGUCUGUGGCCCAGUGUUUACUAUUGUUUGGUGAUUUGUUUAAAUUUUUCUUAUUACGGUUUUUACUUUAAUAUUUAUACCAAAUAAAAAUCGUGAAUUAAUGAAAUAAAAAUCCAUUAAUAUGAUAAAAAUAGCUGCUUUAAAUGACGAAUCCGAAGAGGAUAGCGGUUCUGAAGAAGAAGUCUCGCGAGAAGCAUUAGAGCAAAUAGCAUUACAACAAUACACUAAAGCUUUAGAUUUACAGAGAAAGGGGAAUCUUAAUGAUGCAACACAACUUCUUAAAGAUUUAUUGGAAACUGAAUUGUUGUAUGAUGUUAAAAAACCAAUGCAAGGUGAGAAAGUAAGUGGACCGCUAUUCAAUUUAAAAUAUUUGUGUUAUAAAAACCUUGCUUCUAUGCUGAGUAUAGCUGGGCAGGUGGAUGCAGCAAUUGAAGCUUAUACUUGUGCUACAGAGCUAGAUGAUACAGAUUUGACACUCUGGUAUCGUUUUGGCUUAGUAUGUUUCAAAGCUCAACGUUAUGAAUGUGCACUAUAUGCUUUUGAACGUGGUGAAGAUAUUAAUCCCCGACAUUGGCCCUGUAUUGAUAAAAUAGUUACACUAUUACUUGGUAUGGACAUGAAAGAACAGUGUAUAGCUGUUAUACAUGAUGCCCUUAAAUUAGAUGCAUGUUACCUUCGAGGGAUUGCAUAUAGAAAACAUAUUUAUACUGUUUAUCGCCAUAUGAAAGAAUAUAUGGAGUAUUUAAACCCAGUUUAUAAGUGGGAUGAAAAAGAUGAUGAACCUAUUAAUGAAGAAAUUGCAAAAAAGCUCAUUAAAGAAGCAGAAGAAAUAUAUGAUUCAUUUAUAGAACAACAGAGAGCACAGAAGGAAAUACAUAAAAUGCCAAAUUUAGUUUUACAAAAGCCUAUAAAUAGAUUUACUUGGGAGUCAGUAGGUGAGUCCUUAGUACAUAUGCAUAAGUACAUUUCUGAGAAUGGACUUAGCCAUGCAGCAUUUGUAGAAUUAGUUUUUAACAAUGAAGUCCAACAGAAAAAGAUGGAAAUUUGUGAAGAUCACCAUGAGAGUGAUAGUGACAAGGUAGAGUCAAAACCGGAGGAAAUUGAUGAAAAACCAGUUGAAAUAGUCUCCUCCGAGAAUGAAAUGAAUGAUAUGUCUGAUAAAGAAAAACCAGUAACAGAUAAUGAAAAAGUAGAAAGUGAUAUUGAAAUGGUAAAUACAGAACAAUUAGAAGCAGCACCUGAACAUAAAGAACCAAAAAAAACUCGUGGGCGCAGACGGGGAAGUGCACUUAGUUUUUUGGAGCAAUGGGAGUGGUGUACAAAACGCAGAUCUAAUCGAAAAAAAAACUCUAAUAAACAAGAUAACAUUUAUGAUAUUCUGCGACGGAUGGUUCCAUUAAACUUAGAGACUGACAAUACUAAAAGCAAUGAAAAUCCAAGUGAUGAACCAUCUUUAGUUAACUUGGAAAAUUUAUUUGAGGGAAAAGAAGAAUCUGAAAUAGUACAUUAUUUUAAUUCAGAGGAGGAAGAAAGAGAUGUUGAAGAAUUUAUUAAGAAAUAUAUGGAAGAAAAGAGGGAUAUGAUAGACAUGCUGAAGGAUUACCUAAAGAUACUUUCACAAAAAUGGAAAAUGAAGUGGCCAAGAGAUUUGUCCAAAUUUUUUGUACAAGCAAAUGAAUGUUACAACAAUCAUAUUGAAAUACCUGCUUGUACUGAUGACAAUAUUGAAGAUUUAUUGCACUAUACAGCUGCCAAUCUCCUGGUUGAAGAGUUUGUUGUAAAUGAUAAAUUAACAACUACUGAUGAAAAAGUUACACAUAGCUUAAGUGUAAUAGAUAACAUAGAAUUUAUUCUUUCAUUUAAACCUGAAAUUUAUGGAAGCACUGAAUGUUUAGAAGUGAUAUUAAGACAACUAUGGCUCAAAAUGCACAUUUACAUUAUAAACAAAGAAGAAAAUUUUGCCUUGGACUGUUUAUAUCAACUAUCAGAAGAGUUUGAAGCUAUGGGUGAACAUAAAAACUCAUACCAUUUACAUAUCAUUAACUUCACAUUUAAACCAAUAAUAAAUAAACAUGAAGUUUUGGAGUACAUAAAGUUUUUGGAAAGAAACAAAAAGCUGUCCACUGUCAAUGAUCUUUUUAAACGAAAUUGCCAUGAAGAAGUUUUAGCUAUAAUUAUAGAUUCAUUUGAACACUGCAGAACCUUAGCAAAAGAACAAGAAAGUGAAAUGUCUCUUGAUUUUGCUGUGCAACUGUCAUUCAUAUUAGACUCUUAUUGGGCUUUGGAAAAAGUUGGUGAUUGUCUGAGAUGGUCUUUUGUAUGUUUGCAUGAAGCUUUAAAGCAUUAUUUCCGAUUUCCUUCUGGCUCUCCAGAUUAUGAGAAAUGGACUUUGGCUGUGGUUAAAAUAUUAAGUUGUAUGGAACAUCUCUUAUCAUCAGAGGGCUUCGCUUGCUUAGAUGCCAUUUCGCCAAGAGAGAUGAGUCAAGGGCUUGAAGAUCUCAUAAGAAUAAUUGGUCAUCAAAUGGAAACAAAAACAUCGGAUAUGCCGUUGAAUACAGUUUCUCCUUGGAUAAUAAUGCAUUAUAUACUACAAAGAGAAGAAGAUCAAGGAAGAGGUAGACCAGUAGAUGAAUCUGACAAGAACUUGGAUGAAGAAAUUUCAAACCCUCUUAUGGUGCUAUUUAUUGCUCACGAAAAACUGGGUAGUAAGGGUUGGUGCGAUAAUUCAAAUGGGAAGCUUUUAUAUUUUAUCUUAGAUGCAGUGGUUCCCUUAUUGCGUUCUCCUGCAUUGUCUAAAUCAUUAGAAAUAAUAUGUCAAUAUAUGGAACAGUGUGUUUAUUGCCUUUAUGGACAUCCGGCAAAUCGAAAAAACAAAGUUAAACAUGUGGAAAUACAUAAUAAUAUUUCACCUCAUACAUUAGAUUGGGUCAGAGCUCAACAACUGUACGAAAUCUUUCGCCCACCUAUCCUACCUGCUUUAGAAGGAAAAUUAACUGGUAUAACGGCGGAUAUAGAAACAUUGUUCCAUCGUAUUUUAGCAUUGUUGCCUAACGAAUGUGACCCGCAAAAAUAUGUUCCUGAUUUGGAAAGAUAUAUUAAAGGCAUUGAUCCUAAAUUGCCUUUGUUUCCCCCACUUUUGCCUUUUAAAAUUAAGGAUAUAUAUUUUUUGCUCGGAGACUAUUAUUUCAAGAAAGAAGAGGGUAAACUUGCUGUAAAAUACAACAUGUUAGAUGUUAUAAUCAAUAAAAAUAGAUUGGAAUCGUGGGCAGAAAUAUCGCUUGCCAAAGCAGUGAACCUAGAAAGGGUGUUAAAUUCAUGUAAGAAUCUAAAUAACGAGAAAGAGUUCUUAAACCCUGCUAAAAGUACGAUACGUUGUUUCAAGAGAUCUCUAGAAAUUGAUCCUUAUCACUGUAAUUUAUGGAUAGAAUAUGGAAAUUUUGUUUAUUCCGUUCAUUCUUUUGUCUCUAGGUUGCUAAAGCAAGCUAGUGAAUCGUUAAGCAUGGAAGAUUUUGAAGCUCUAGAAAGACAAAAAGAAAAUUUACUUGAUACCACACAGAAAUGUUUUACGAAUGCACUUGAUCUUAAUAAUAGUGUUGAGAAUGAAAAGGCAAAUGAAGACUCUUGGUUAUUAUAUUAUAUGUUAGGAAAAGUAGCAGAAAAGCAAAACAAACCUCCUUCGAUAUACUUAAACUAUUAUAUGAAAGGUGUUAAGAGUCUGCAAGAGGUGGAUGCUACAUAUCCUUUGAAAAUUAACUAUAGUUCACCUACACAAUUGUGCAUAGAAGUUUUGGAGUUACAUUAUAGAAUUCACGCUUCAAUCCUUAAAUAUAUAGAGCAACAUGAAAAUAAACCUAUACCCACAUCAGUAGGUAAAGUAUUUUUAAAUUGUAUUGAGGAAUGGCAACAAGGCCCUUUUACUGGAAAAGCAAAGAAAGAAAAUGCUGAAACAAAGUCUGAAGAAACUUCUGUUCAAGCUGCGAACAUUCUAAAACGGUCUAUUAGUGACGCAGGAGAAGAAGAUAAUCUAGAAGCUAAGAAACUUAAGUUAGAAUCUGCUGCUGCAAAAGUUAGAAGGUCAGCUUCCUACGACACGGAGCGUAUUAAAGAUGCUCAACAAACUAACUUUAAUUGCUCUGAAAGAAAAGUAAUUGAUAUAGAAACGAAAUGCAACGUUGAAGAUAUAAAAGAAAUUCAAAAUAAAGACGAAAAAGAUAAGACUGAGCAAGGCAAUGAUGCUCAAGAAAACGUUAAAAAAGACAGUGAUUUGGAAAAAAAAGAAGUUAGCUCGAGUUCAUCGUCUUCAUCUUCCGACUCAAGCAGCAGUGAAUCUUCAUCAGACAGUUCCGAUUCAGCAAGAGCCAGUGAGUCUUCUAGUAAGUCCUCAAAUGAAACCAAGCCAAUAACCGAGGAAGAAAUUAUGAAAAUAGUGUCAGGAUGUCUUGAUGCUUUAGAAGACUGUGCUAGUCGCUUUCCACCACAUUAUAAAGCCAUUUACAGACUUGCUCAUUACCACUUCUAUUACAAAAAGGGUAAGGAUAUAGAAAGAUGCCGCGAUUUAAUGUUAUCUUCUUUUACAUCACGAUCGGGCCAAAAGUUAGGUGGUUUAUUUAGUGAAAAAAAGACAAAUAACUUUUUUAAUAAUAUAUGGAAAAUCCCAUUAAAUGACGUUGAUAGAGGUGGUAGUUUUGCUUUCCACAUGAAUCGGUCAGUACUUCUUACCAUGGAAAUUCUCAAAGAAAUUGACGAUCACAAAACAUUAUUAGAUUUGAGUAUUCAUUUGCAACGAAUACCUGAACCAGAUAAAAAGUAUUUACGGGAUUCAGAUAGAGAGGAUCUGGCGCAACAAGCGUUCUCGUUAUGCGUUCAGGCUCUUAAAGGGCAGUUGGUUAAAUUUAGCCAACAACCAGAUAUUAAAAGCAAUGAAGUUGAACGUCAAGCAUUGAAAAGUUUGAUGUUAGAUAUAUAUCGUUCAUAUCAAAAGGUGCAAAAACAACCUCUUUCAAAACAAUUCGUUAACUUAUUAAUUGAUGCGUACAAACUUAUAACGACUACUCCAAUAAAUGAAAGUAUGAAUUUGGUGGACUUGAGUAUGAAAUACUGUCAGUCUAUGAAUUUGGCCCUAAAGCAGCAGGCCCUUGCUCAAGCAAAUUUGGACAAAACGCAAACACAGAAGAAACAAUCUGCAAAAUCUACUGAAAAUAGCAAAAUUACGCCCACCAAUAUCCCAACGUCUCAAUCGAAGUCUGAACCGAAACCGCAGCCAGUUGCUACGUCAACUUCUGCGGUACCCAAGCUACCAUCCCUUGACAUUACGGCAUCAUUCCAAGACUAUAUGCCAAUGUUAGCUGAAACUAUGCUCUCUCAACAAAGAGCCGCUCUGUCUUAUCUCAGCAACAUGAGCGCCCUCGCAAACUUUACUUCACUGCCGAACCCAUUGCAAUUUUCCGCUCAAAACUCAUUUCAAGCCGAGUUUUAUAGACAAUUUCUCAGUCAAGGCCUGUCUUCAUUCAAUCCACCUCCGACAAAAAAGCAAAAGCGGGCCCCUAAGCCCACAUCUAGCCGUUUAACAACAUCACAACCGAAGCACAAGUUUACAUCCACGGUGACUAAGGCAACAUCGACACCGGUUAUAACGAGUAUGACGAAAUCAGCCACAACGUCUUUAACGCCCAGUAUGGGGACUGUUUUACAAACUUUGCCUGCUUCUAUGACCGCUAAUUUACCAAACUACGUAGCAUCUAAAACAAAUAGUUUGCCAUCAUCUCAAUUAUCGUCUGUCUCAUUAAAGGCAACCGUACAUCCAAAGCCAGUGUCCAAUCAGGUCAGCCCAGGAAAAACUUUACAGGAGAAAUUAGCAGAACGUCAAAAGAAUAUUCCGGUGUCUAAAGCAUCAAUCGAUAUAAGUGCAUCCAUUAGUCGGUUGCCAUCUUCCCUUACAAUAACUAAAACUUCCAAAUCUGGACCUAAAAAACCAGAGGUUAAGAAAAGUAUUUCAUUCCACGAGCCGAAACCUAAGGUGGAUGAUGAAAUUAUAGUAUUAGAUGAUGAUGAUUAAUAAUUUGUGUAAGCUGUUAAUAUGUAUACUUUAAUAAAAACAAAGACUUUUA